UGUCAGUUCUCGAAACAAUUCAUCUUCGUCGUCUCCAAAUUGCUCCCAAAUUUCUAGGGUUUAGGGUUUCGUACAUGGAUGCCCUAAACAAGGUCUUGGAUAUCAAGCCCUUGAAGAAGCCUCGCGAGGAUGAGGCCCUCAAAACCCUCGAGAGGAUCGCCAAGCAGGUCCAGCCGAUCAUGCGCCACCGCAAGUGGCGCGUCCACCUUCUCUCCGAGUUCUGCCAUCCGCGUUUGCUGGGGCUCAACAUUAACAAAGGUAGGGAGGUGAGGAUUCGUCUGCGGGCUUUCAAUAAUGAUUUGGCUUUCCUUCCGUUCGAACAGGUCCUUGAUACGAUGCUGCAUGAGCUUUGUCAUAUUGAGAUCGGGCCACAUAACGCUGAGUUUUAUAGGCUAUGGGAUGAGCUUCGGAAGGAGUGUGAUGACCUUGUAGCCAAGGGAAUAACUGGUCCUGGUCAAGGAUUUGAUGGGCAUGGAAGGCGUUUGGGAGGAUAUACUCGCCUAGUUUCACUGCCACCCCUUCGCCAAGCUGCAACUAAUGCUGCAGAGAAACGAAGAUGUGUUGGGACACUAUUACCUUCUGGACCGAAGAAACUUGGUGGGGAUAAUAAUAUUAUGUCAGCGCUUAGUCCAAUACAAGCGGCUGCAAUGGCUGCUGAAAGGAGAAUGCAGGAUGAGCUAUGGUGUGGUUCUGGAUCUUAUGAAGAUCCUAUUGUGAUUGAAAGUAAGGAUGGUAUGUUAGAAAAUCAUGCAGCGAGGGAAUCAGGGGAGUCUUCAAAAAGUUCUGAACAUGUGAAAGAAGGUGAAAAUUCUGAGCCGGUUGUUUCUUGUGUUAAUGAAAAGACUGAGAAUAGUUCGCUACCUGGAAUUUCAAGUGUUCCUUCUGCAAGUAGACACCCAGCCUGUGAUGAUUCCUUAUCAAACUGUUCUACUAAUGAUGUGAUGGACAUGACUAUGUGGGAAUGUGGUUUGUGCACGCUUCUUAAUAAGCCUCUGGCACCAAUAUGUGAAGCAUGUGGUACUCAGAGACCUAAAAUCAUUACAGCCAAGUUUAAGGCCUGGUUCUGCAAAUUUUGUACCCUAGAAAACGACAUUAAAUUUGAGAGAUGUGCAGCCUGUGAUCAAUGGAGAUUUUCUUAUGGACCACCUGUAUCUGCCUCUGCAUUCAACUACGGAACUUGAGCGUCAAUUUACUAUUCACUGUCAAAUUAGUUUUUGCCACAUCUCUCUUUGUGGAUUAUAUUUUAUGCAUGUCCAAAAUAGCCAGAUUACCUUAGCUAUGUGCUACUUCUUUUUGUCUUAAAUCUGCCUAUGUUUUUCUUUAAGUAAUUUGUAUAUGUGAAACUUGCUUGUUGAUGAUGGAACUUAGAUCAGUAUUAAUAUAUCUGAGUAAAGUUAUUCAAUCCAACAUGAUUGUUUUACUUGUGACAAAUGUGCAGUUCUGCUGUCAGGUGCAUCUGUUGUUUGGAUCAUUAUUUUUUUCUAUCUAAUGGCCAGGGGAUUAUUUAAUCAUGCAUGGGCAGGGUUUUUGUCUGAGUGCAUGUGGUUAUGUCUUUUGGCAUGAGCAAUGUGUGUGUACACAUGCACAUGUAUAUUGUUAUCAAUGUUUUCUUUGCAGAAUACUACAUCAUUAUUAUGGAGAUUUCUUUAUGUGUGUGCAGCAUCAGCAUGGAAGACAGAAGAGCCCAGGUGAAAAUUUUCUGAAAGCUUUUGCUGCCACUCCUGGUUCUCAUGAUUUGUUUAUCUUCUUGUACCUGUGUAAAGAUAGAAGGGCCCAAACUGAUAAGAAAAAGUCUCAAGGUACAUACCCAUGUUAUUACUUUGAUAUUUCAUGAAUUCUUUACUUUAAGUAUACAUCACCUGAUUAAAUCUAUCAUUCUUCUUUCAGUUAAUAGCUAAUAAAAAAUUAGUGACUCCAUGUGAUCCAUGAUAUACCUGCCCUCUUUGUUUACUCAUCUUUGUUGCAAGUUAGUUCUUUCUUUUGUGACUUUCAGACCUGUAGCUAAUUAUAUUUGCUCCAAAAAAAGGCUGAUCAAUUCACAGGCUUGAUUGUUUCUGUUUACCAAUUCCAUCCAUAUGAGAGACUCUUAUUUUACUCAGUAAUCUUUUGGCCAGAUAACUGACAGAGCACAGGAUUUUGAAACCUUUUUUACUGAUUCAAUUUGGAAAAAUAUCAUAUGUUCAUGCAGGACUUAAAUCACUUAAAUCUGUCAAUGCUUACAUACUAGUGAUGAAUACAUUGAAGCUUCACCAACCACAUUAAUGUAUCCAGUUUAUAAAUUCAUGUUGAUUUUUACGUGUCAAUUAUCGCAUAACUGGCACCUUGGUUCGUGCCAAUAAGUCUCUAUCGGUUGAUGCCGCAAGUUAGGUUCGGAGACGAACUUCUCGUUGGAGCUUGAAAGCUAUUUUGAUUUGAUGAGUUUUCUAAUUCUCUUUUCCUGACUACUUCUUAUGUCUAUUAUAUAUUUGACUUCUUCUAAUGUCUUUGUUGUUAAGUGAAGUUCCCUGGAAGUUCAUCAAGGGCACCCACCCAAGUCAGUAUCUCUAAAUUUGUUGAAUGUUGUGUGCUGGCUUCUCAGCAAUAAAGUGAAAGUCAAUGCUGCCUACCACUCUCUUGCAAUUUUGGUUUCAGAUCAAGAGAGAAAUCAAUACAAUGAAGGUGUCGAAUCAUCCAGACAUUGUGAAGAUAUAUAAGUUUUUGGUGAGAGUGAAGAAGCUUUUGUCCAUGAAGCCAAAGAUGGAAACUCUCAACAAAGACGUAGUAGCAGAAAUCCUUCUUAAUGAUCCUCGGUUUGCCCUUGCUUAUAAUUUAAAUCUAAUUCAGAUUUAGAUUUAAAUUAUUUUCAUAAUAAUUUAAAAUUAAAUAAGUUAUUUGUAAUAUUAUCAUUUAAAUCCUAUACUAAUCCUAAUUAAUAUUUUAAAUAAUUAUCUAUUUUAAAAAUUUAUUAUAUAUAUGGACAACACUAGAUCUUUGGUGGAUAGAUUGGAAGAGUCUUCAUUUUAAGAACCGAUCUUCAUCUUUUGGUCAUUCUCACUAAUUUGCUAUGGCUGGAGGUAAGUGAUCUAGCUGAUGUUUUACUCUUUGAUUUUUAUAAUAAACCAAUUUACCUGCUUAGAUAUUGUGUGAUUAUUUUACAUCAACAAACACAACAUUAUAUUCAGCAAGAUUUAUGCGCACAUCAAAGUUCAUGAGAAAGUGUUCACUAAUUAAUUCUUGAAGCUCCAACAAUGGCGACCACUUCUUCAUCUUCUUUUAGCACGAGAUCAACAAGUGUUCUAAGUUCACUACCAAGAAACAUAGCACUUCGUAUUCCUAAUGAAAUUCAAUUUGGGCGUUUUGAGUUCCACUUGACCCUCUUUUCAUUUUUUUUGUUAUGCUUGUUUGUGAUUGCUGUUCUUUUUCUUUGCAGGUUGAUGUUUCAAAAAAAAUUCUUUUAAAUAUCAUUCAAAAAAGAGAUGGCCUUUCUUGGAAUAGUAGAGGAGGAAUGGUUACCCCUUUAAACCUGGCAUUGAAAAAUGGUAGUUAUGCGUUUCUUCAAAGAUUCGGAUUCUAUGGUUCCUGUUAUAGAUGACUGGAGAAGCAUGUUGAUCAUAAAAUGGUAAAUUAAUAUGAUCACAAAGCAACCAUUCUUUCUACUUCAUCUCUUUUCUCUAUAGUCUUUCUACUUGUUUCAUGUCUAGUGCAUCUACCAGUUUCUUCUAGGCUAUAUAAUGACUAUACUCCUAGUGAAAUAACUAUUGGCAUCAUAUAUUUUCCUGAUUUGUGGUGUUGGUCAAACAUGUAGGAAAAAUUAAAGAAGUUAUCCAAGAAUCACCAAAAAAGGGAAAUGACCAUUGUUAAGGACUGCCAAAACCAAAUCAUAGAAUGGGUGUUCUCUAUAGAAUGUUUAACCCCCUUUCAUGUUUCUUGACAUUUAAUUAUGUGUUUAAUUUUGGUUGUCAUGGUUUUACCUUCAGGGUGCUUUCUAUGAUGAGAUAGAUGAUAAAAUAGGAUCGCAGAAUGUUUUGAAUGGCUUUGUUGUAAUUGAUUAUCUCUUAGAGAAGAACUACAAAAUGCUCAUCGUUGUGAAAAACAACACCGAGUUCAAGAUACAGGCCAGAACUUUCACCUAUGGCAAGUUUUUUCAGCUCGCAUUUCGUACUUUCUAAACAAUGUAAGCCAAUUUCCACCGCAGAUGAUGCAAAAAAAAAAUUAGAUGAGGUCAAAUCAUCACAAACUAAUAAAAACUUGAUAGGUUCUGAUGACCAAUCAUACUAUAUAUGUAACAGAAUACAAGCAAUGCCCAUUUGAGAGUAGAUAAUUAUUCCUGAGCUUUCUGUUUGCAGUAAUAGAAUGGUCUAAAGAAGUCUAGAAAAAAAAAACCCAACACAACUGAUUUUUGUUGCUCUACAUUGACAAUAUUACUCAUGAAUCUUACUGUAAUGAAUGAACAACCUAGACUCUGGUGCACUAUUUUUUAUCAGAGAUGAUAAUGAUGAAGAAUAAGGCCAUGCGUGAUCCCCUUUUAAAGGGGCAGGACAUGGAAACAUCAGAUAAGGAGUCACCUGAUCACCAUUAAGUGUAAGAUGACAAAUCAGCUCCAACUUGUCCUCAUUGACACCAAACCUGUAAACCUCCCUUCCCUUUGUCUGAAAGAACAAGGCCUGCAUUUCGUGACAAACAUACAAAAUUUUUAGUAGAUGGAGGUGCUCCACACCAUGCAAUUUCACCCUCUCUUCUUGCAACCCAUGUUUUCUGAUUGAUUAGCUCCCAUAUCACCACCUCUUCUGUUAUUCUGUCCCUCGCACAAUACACAAGAAUCCUAUUGGCACCGCAAUGGAUAGAUUUUGCCUCUAAUCCUGCACUUGCCUCCGGUGCACUGAUCAACUCUGCUGUCUCACUUUCACUGUUAUAAUUCAGCACCGAUCCAUCCAGUGUUAUCCAAUAUAAAUUGCCUCCUAUCGAAACACCAGCCCCCUGUUCCGGUUCGAAACAUACGUAUCUUGGGAACUUGCUCACCAAAGAUUUCCAUUCAUUCUUCUUGGUGCAAUAUACCCUGAAUUCAACGUCCUUUGUCCUGCAUUGCCAUGUGACGAUAUUCUGUGGCCAGCAGUCUGGUAACUCGUCUCUGCCCAAUGUUUUAUUGUCGCGUGUGACCUUAUGGACUUCUAAUGCUGUUUGUAUGUUGUCUGUCGCAAGUUUAUAAGCAUAUACUACUUUGACAUGAUUAUGAUUAUUUUUUUUUUAUGUAUUAGGCCAAAUGCAUGGUGCCACUGAAGUCCUUGAUUGUCUGGCAUUCUUGCUAACAUUAAUGCUCUUUCUGUGAUUGGGUUGUACACAAUUUUCCGGCCUUCCGGUUUGCACAAGAGCAAGAAUCCAUUGGAAGAAGAGAUGUGGCAUACGGAGGAGUCUUGCAGAUAGAGAGGGAUAUGAUUUAGUGAUGGCGACUUGAGACCGUGGCUAACAGGGUUAAAGAUCAAGUUAAAGUCUUGUAGAUGGAAAAAACCUGCAAGAACUGGAAGAGUAGCAUCGGAGGACUUACAGUUAGAAAUAAUCACACAAUAUCUAAGCAGCAACUUGGCGGUUCUUGUACACAUUGACGGCGAGCUUGACCUUGGCAAUGUCAGAUGUAUAUGUAUAUGUAUUCUUAUAUGUAUAUGUAUAUGUUAGAUGUAUAUGUAUACUUGUAUGUAUAUGGUAUCCAUUUGUUCCUAUAUGUAAACACAUAAAUCAUCGGUGAUACUCGUUCAAGGCAUGUACACUUGUUCCACUCUCUCGUUCUUCUUCUUCUAACAGGCAAAUGCAACACUCCUCCCAAAAUUCCUUGUUUUGAUCGCUUUCUCACACUCUUGGCGACUUCCAAUUAAGCAGUUAGUUCAUGAUCUUUAGUUCAUAUUUUUUCCUUUUUAUUCCAUAAUUUGAGUUUUUUUUUUUCACUUCUAGAUCAGUGAUUUAUUGUCGUUAACAUCUGUAUGAGGGCUAUAGCUAUCCUUUUUGUGGGUCCUUGUUCUUCAUCUUUUAUGUUGUUAUUUGGAAGAAAAGAAGUAAUUUU